AUGGCCGAGCCAGUUCCACCCACCGAACUAGGCCGUCUCCGUGUCCUCUGCUCCACGGCCGGAGUUCGCGUUUCCCCUUUCGCGCUAGGCGCCAUGUCGGUUGGUGACGCAUGGGCUGGAAUGUUAGGAUCAAUGGACAAAGAGUCGUCAUUCAAGCUCCUUGAUGCCUUCUGCGAAGCUGGUGGGAACUUCAUCGACACGGCUAAUGCAUACCAAAAUCAACAAUCUGAACAGUGGCUUGGCGAGUGGAUGCAACUCCGUCAGAAUCGUGACACGCUUGUUUUAGCUACCAAGUUUAGUUUGGACUAUCGUGGUCAUGCACUCGGGCUUGGUCCGCAAAUUGCCAACUUCGCGGGCAAUUCUCGACGGACGAUUCACGUUGGGAUCCGUGAUUCACUGAAGAAUCUGCAGACGGAUUUUGUUGACAUUUACUAUGUUCACUAUUGGGAUUACACGACCUCGAUUAAAGAGGUCAUGGAUGCACUGCACAUUCUCGUCGAACAGGGCAAAGUUUUGUAUCUGGGAGCAUCUGACAUACCAGCCUGGAUAGUGUCAGCAGCAAAUACCUAUGCUAUCGAUUACGGAAAGACGCCUUUUAGUAUCUACCAGGGCCGGUGGAACUUACUAAUUCGAGACUUGGAGCGUGAAAUCAUUCCCAUGGCCCGCCAGUUCAACAUGGCACUUGCACCAUGGGAUGUCCUUGGUGGAGGAAAAUUCAAGACAAAAGCCGAGAUCGAAAAACGCAAGGGUGAGGGAGAUGCUCUUCGCAGCCGUCCCGGAGAAGCCGCCUCACAAACCGAAAUCCAAAUGCAAAUGAGCGAGGCCUUAGCGAAAGUUGCUGCCGAGCAGGGCAUCGAAUCUAUCACUGCCAUCGCGCUGGCGUAUGUAAUGUCCAAGGCGGCCAAUGUUUUCCCUAUCAUUGGAGGCAAGAAGGUCGAGCAAUUGAAAGAUAAUAUUCAAGCAUUGAGUAUUAAGCUUACUCAAGAGCAAAUUGAGUACUUGGAGAGCGUUAAGCCGUUUGAUAUUGGCUUCCCGCAUGAUUGGAUUCCGGCUGAUCCGAAUAUUACCGGCGAGUCGUUUUUGAUUGCGAGGUCGAAUGCGAUGAAAUUUCCGAAUGCUCGCAGGCUUACGUCGCUCUGA